CCCGGAGCUCGCGCUGCUGCCCUUGCGCUGCUGCUGCCAGUGCGGCCGGGACAUGCGGCUCCGGGGACGCGGCGGAGGAGCCGCCGCGGGGAGCAACUUGCUGCUGCUGCUGCUGCUGCUGCUACUACUGGCUGCCUUCUGCGGGGCGGCGGGCGGGCAGGGGACGCGGCUGCUCAGCGCUGCGGAUCUGAUUCUUCAGAGAGGACAUGCCAUUUGCCGUGGAGGAACCCAACGCCCGUGCUACAAGAUCGUUUACUUACAUAAUGUUGUACGCAGGGUUGGCUUUAAAGAAGCUCUUCAGGCCUGUAGGAGAGAUGGAGGAGACCUAGUCAGUAUAGAAACACAGUCAGAACAGAAACUGAUUGAGAAGAUGAUUGGGAGCUUUUCAGCAUCAGAUGGCGACUUCUGGAUAGGGCUUAGGAGAGAAUCAGAUCCUGACAACAGCACUGAAUGCCCAAACUUGUACUCUUGGUCAGAUGGAAGUUUGUCCACGUUUCGAAACUGGUACGCAGACGAGCCCUCUUGCGGAAGUGAAGUCUGUGUUGUGAUGUACCACCAACCCUCAGCACCUGCAGGCGAUGGGGGGCCGUAUAUGUUUCAGUGGAAUGAUGACAGCUGCAGCAUGAAAAACAACUUCAUUUGCAAAUAUCCCCAGGAAAAGCCAACAGCUGCCUCUGAAAUUAAUACCUCUCAAGCAGGAGAGUCAACAGAGAGCUUUACACCCACAUCCCCAGAGGAACCCAUUCCUGAAGUUGCAACUAAUAAAACUUUCAAAGAAGCUAAAGAGCCUGUUUGGAGCCUUGCCUACUUCUUAAUCCCCAGCAUUCCUGUGCUGCUUCUCCUCGUGGUCAUCACAGCCAUUUUCAGCUUUUGGCUUUAUGCAAAGAGGAGACGGGAGCAAACAGAGAUGAAUGCAAAGGAACACGAUACCUGGCUAUCCCCCAAGAGACAGAACAGCCCCAGUUUGGAGAUAUACAAUGUAAUCAGAAAACAGUCAGAAACAGAUCUCGCUAGGACCAGACCAGACAUUAAGAACUCUUCUUUCCGGGUCCGUCCUGGAGAAGAUACUCCUGAUGACCUCUCUGGGGACUAUGACAAUAUGGCUGUCAAUACCUCGGAGAGUGGCUUUGUGACUUUGGCCAGCACUGAAAGUGGAUUUGUCACCAAUGACAUAUACGAACUGUGCAAUGACAGAGUGGGGCGAAGCAAAGAAUCAGCCUGGGUAGAAAAUGAGAUCUAUGGCUAUUAAAAAAGACUGUGCUUUGGAUAUUGAGCUAAGUGGACAUUGGAACUAGCUCUGGCACACAGGGACGUGCGCCUUGUAGGCAAAGGAAUGUGAUUUCUGCAUUUGGCAGUGUUUGCGUUUUUACGAGAAAGGUUUUGCUUUUUUUGAAAGUGGAAUGCGAGGGAAUUUAUAUAUGCAGGUAGAGCUCUUAUUCAGCUAAGGAAAAUGGCCUUGUGCAAUCUUGCUUCCAUUCCUUGACGGACAGACAUCAUCCCCCGAUAAUCUACAACUUGACAGUAUUUCUGUCUUGUGACAACAUGCACUUAAAUCAAAACUCCUGUCUUUUAAGCUAAUUGCCUAAGCCCAGAUGGAGCUUGUGAGUUAUUCAGUGAUUAUUUUUCCAGCUCCAGGAUAAAAAUACUACAGGUGUCACAGGUGACCAUCAGUACCUAGUUUUCACCAGCUGUCUAGUAUCCAUAUUUUGUUAUCCUGAAAUCCAUCAGUUUUCCAGCAAGGAGGGGGCUUUUCCUCUAUUGUGCUUUGCUCUUAUCCAUCCAGCCUACUUUUGCAACUAGUGAUUAGCUUUCUUAUACCCAAGGCCUCCCAACACAGGACAUGGACAUCAAAUGACAUCAAAAACCAACAAAGCAAUAUGUUUCGGAUGCUGAAUGUAACACGUUAAGCAAAAAGACUCAUUCUAAGAACCUAAAUAUAAAGAACUUGCAGUAUCUGUGCAGGCAAUGCGUUCACCGUAGGAAUGGCUACAAUCCCUAACCCCUCUUUUUGGAAAGAUUGCUAAAGCAAAAAUUUAUAGACACAUCUGCAUCUGUAGAGCCAAGAAGGCACUUAUAUGCUGCUGUACAAUAGACCUCUGUGCCAGCUUUGCUCAUAUGCCUUGAGGGAAAGAUUAAACACUGGUCACUUAAUUUUGGAGGAAAUAGGUGACCCGCUACUGUUACGUUUUUACCUCUUUUAUGCUUUCUGCUGCCGGCAAGGGUGUUGAAGACCAGCACAGCUGCACUCCUAGAAGUCCUGAUGCAGAUGAGAUUACUGUGCAAGUACAAUUUUGAAAAUAUUUUUAAGUCUAGCAACAGGACAUACACAAGUGAUGGAAAUAACUGAAAGCAAAUCUUCAUGAGCAACAGUCUUCUGGAAGCAGCAUCUAAUCCUGUUUUUCUACCACCAGUCCUAAGACAGAUGGAAACAAAUGAAAUUCCCCCUUUGUCAUUGGAUAUCAAAUACAUUAUCCUUUGAUUUUUUAAAAAACCAUUGAUCCUUAAGUGGAAUUUUUAAACUUUGACCUCUAAAUGAGCCAAGGCUGACAAGACUUCCUCCUGUGUCAAGAAAGGGCCUGAUAAUCUGUUUUUGGAAGCACAAUACAAAAUGAGGGACUGAAGAUGAUGUUGGUUUCAGAAAAUGUAAUAAAGUUCCCUGAGAUCCUUUCCUCCAUGUUUCAGUGAGUUUCUGCCUCAGCCAGGUGAUGAGAGACCCACACUGGAAAAAGUAACAAAGUGACUGGGGCUAUGUUUGUACAGUGGUGUCAAAAGUAGUCUUAUUGAAUUCCAUGCUGUAAUUCCUGGAAAUGUCCAAACAAACCAAUCAAUGCAUUAUUUGUUGACAUGUUUAGCUGAGGCCUGCAGUUUUUAACCUGAGUGCCACAACUCCUCCGGUUUUCUGCUCCAAGGAAGAAGCUGUGAAUCAGAAUAAGACCAAUUUUUUUGUUUUGUUUUUUGUUAUUUGACAUGUGACAGAAAAGAUAUAUAGUAAUAGCAGCUGUCUGUUAUCAUGUACUGAGUGGAACCGUGUUACCAUAUGAGGCCACAAAUGUUUUUUUAUUAUAUUGUAAGGUGAUAAGAGAUUUUGUGGUGGUGUUGGGUUGUAUGCAUGUGGAUGUCUGAAGCCUCUGGCUGUGGGUGGCUGAGUUGCUGUGAUGUCAUGGAAUGUUUGUGAACAUUCUAACUUGGAAGGAAUGGCACUGAAGACAAUAGAAUCCCCACAAACAGACCAACUUUUGUGAUGAAAAUAAAGAUCAGUUUUGAUGGGACUUUUCUCUUCAAGAGGCAGAGAACACAAGGGGUGGAAGGAAGAGAGAAGGGGCUGAAAAGCAGAGACCAACAGAGCUUUUUCUUUUUCUAACCUAGCACACAGGGAUUUGGGGGGAUUACGUGUAAGGGUUAAGCCUCACUUCCCACAUUCAUAUCCAGUUAUAAGAAAAAGGGGGUUGUGCCAAGUAUUAAUUUUUUUAACUUAAAAAUGAUGUGGAUGCUAACCAUAGGAAAAAAGUAAUAUCAAAUUUGACACUGAGGCAAAGAUUAGCCUAAAAAACAUGAGGUCUUGCUUGAGUAGCUAGAAAGCAGCCUAGGCCACUUGGAACCUUGUGGUCAGGGCGUAGGGAAAUGGGUGUUUAUACAGACUCCUUACCAGAGUGUAUUACUUUGUGUGACAUGCAGGGUGUUCAGAGCAUAUUUUUUCCUAUAUGUGCAAUUAAGCACAAAAUUGCUGUCAUGGAAUUUGACCUUUGCCACAAAGGCUUAUUCUCACUGCGUUAUUUUCAGACAUGUGGGAACUGGCAGCCAUGUUAUGUGAAUGGCUCAAACAGAGAAGUUGCUUCCUGCACUUAAUGGAUAGAAAAGGAGCAACUGAAUAUGCACAAUCCAUUAACCCACAUAUGAAUGAGAAUCCCCUAUAAGGGAAAUUCCCUCUCCAGGUGAUUGCAGUUGGAAUGUAGGGUAGUAGGAUCCUGGAAUUGGUAUCGAGAUAGCCUUGGACACCUUCCAAAUUUCAUGAUUGACAAAACUCUAGUAACUUUUAGUAUACAAACCUUAGUGUACAAACAGCCACAAACCUUCAUUGUAUUUUCAGUUACUUUUCCUGUUAUCCUGGACAUGGGUAUUAUUGCACUGCUGUCAAGUUUCUCUUGUGCAUGUCUGAAUGCAACCUUAUAUGUUGUUUAUUAAGGAAUACACAUGUUUUG